AUGGACUUUCCUCGAAACGCUAACCAGGUCUCAAUUCCUCUUGAGCCCUACCCGAAAUAUCCCCUGGACGUGCUUCCUGAUCCUCCCGAUGAUUAUAUCUUUCUUGGGCGUCCUUUUGCAGUGAUUAUCAGAACCCGGAGUCUCUCACUCGCGGAGCUCAGAGUGUUUGCUAAAUAUUGGCUUUGGGGCUUCGAAUAUGGCGCGGACAGAAGGAUCCCCAUCUUAAAAGCCCUUGCCAAGGUUAAUUAUUGGAUGAGACCGGAAUUCCAAUUCUAUACCGAUGCGGAUUUGACCAACAUCGAGCGAGACGGUGGCCCUCGGCUUCUACAAUAUACAAUCACACCCAAACCUUCGCCAGUCAGUCGCCAUUAUCCUAAAAUUUUAACGGAUGAUGAGAUACUACAGCUUGGGUCGGAACAUUACGUUCGCCCGGCAGAUGCACCAGCGGACGUGCCAGACAGAAUGAUGUUUCAAUUUCUAUUGCCGCCUCGCACGGGUUCAGCUCAAUUUGUGUCUCACUUGAUGCCUACUGGAUUCUUGAAUGGAGUGACCAUUGAUCCGCAGCCGGUGAUGACCUCUGGAACCCUUGCAAACCUACCGGGCCAAACACAACAGCCAUCAGCGCUACCUCGGCCAUCGCCCAACUAUCAGAAUGGUUUCAACCCCACUCCUGUCCGAGAGGCAAUUGAAAGGACCGUGAUCAAGCUUUGCUACAACGACCUAGAGAGGCACCACCAUGCACCCAGCAAGGAGCCGGUAGCCACCAGAGUUGCUUGUUCACACAAUGACCUGAGUGUUGUGCAAGUCGGCACCCACACCACCGUUUCGGAGGUGCGGUUGGACCCAGCCACACAUCAAUUUAACAACUCGGGAUUUCCAUUUCCAUAUCGUGGUCGUGGUCCCGUCUGGGCCGAUGGGUCGUGUGCCAUUGACACCACCAUCGUGCUCGGUAUGCUGACCAUGGCCGGUUGUACCAAUAUCGAUCGAGCUCAUGAUUUUGAGGAGGCUUUCACCGAAGUCGAAAAGGCCUUUAUCCAGGUCACCAACAUGAACUGGGAUGCCUUUGACGACAAGGUGUCGAUUGAGCUUCGGCAUGCAUACUACAAUCUGCUAUGUGACAAUGUCCCGGACAUCAGACGGAAUUCGCCCGUCCCGAUUUGGGCGGCUUGGGCCGAGUCGACCAGAGGAUUUGCACAAUUCCAAAUCCUCUAUCUCGAGAAACCGGCAGGUCCAUGCCCGUCAUGUGGAUAUUGUGAGACCCAUAAUGUUCACCAGGUGGGGAAUUGCAUUAUUCCAAUCUGGGAUUUGAACGAUCACAGCGGUGCUCAGAUGUCAACCUUGAUUGAUCGGGCGUGGAGUACGGCGCCUGUUCACUAUAGCUGUUUGAAUUGCAAUGAAACAAAGGGACCACUAAGGUCGAGGCAUGUCAAGGAACUCCCUCGUCGGUUGGUAGUCAACAUCAAUGGCAAUAACCGAACUUUGAAUCACACUCAAGAUCAGAGACUGCAGUAUUUGGAUUUGGACGGAAAUCCACAGACCGCGCACUAUCGCUGGCUCGGCGGGGCUUAUUACAAGGAUAAUCAUGUUCGAGUCUACUGGACUGACGCGGAACGUGGCGAGUUGGAUAUCGGCAAUAUCCGAAAAUACGACGGUCAAGAUGCCGGGGGAGUCAUCAUCGGUGGAAUUGCGCCGUACGCACCGGACGAUCGAGUUCCACUCGAGUGGGUUUCGGACGGCUUGCCUCUGGCCAUUUACGAGCUUAUCAUCAAUCCGACCCCGGACAUGUUACGUGCCGCAUCAGAGGCCAUUUCCGAUAUGUCUGCUUGCGUUGCCCAAGACAAGGCCUUCCUCCUUCACCACUAUCCGUGGUUCCCACAGAUCAUGGAGCACAAGUCGCCUUUCCUACCCUUCGAGCGUAUCUUGCCAGAUACUGGCGAGCGGUAUUACGAGAAGAACCUUAUUUCGGGUCCCGAGCCCUUGCCAGAGGUGAACUUCGACUCCAACAACAUCAUUGCCGACCAGAUCGCCGAAUGGAAAAUGCAAACGUCACCGGACGACGACCCCAUGCAAGAUCCGGACCCUAACUUGAUCGGAAUUGACGCGGGUGUUCUCGAGCGAAUCGCAAAUGGCGAGACUCUGUUCAGCUCAUACAACGCAGACCCUACCACGCUCAUGGAUCAUCCCGAAAUGUGGCCGGAGGGUGGAAUGCCUCAAUCUGGUGGUGCAACGACCUUCCCCAAUCUCCCCAAGACCCCGACCAGACCCGGUGGUGCGGGUGGCAGCCCGUACUGGAAUUGGCUCAACUUGUCUUCCGGUAAGGAUUCCAGAGCUAACGGUCUAAAUGUCGAUGGAGAGGAGACGGUGACGGUCGUGAAAAUCCGUCAUGAUUGUCGCGUGGGCCCGUCGCCGUACCGGCUGUACCAGGUUCCCGUCAAGUCGAUCAAGGCUGCGAUGCGGCGGCUGAGUCUGAAGCAGAUCGAGAGUCAGAGCGCGGAGAAGAGAAAAAAGAAGCAAUCGCCACUGAAGGAGAUCCAGGACGAGGAACCUCGGGCUGCAAAGAGGGGGAAACGGAAUGGUUUCAAAUGA